UUACAGAGGACGCACGGGCAGAGGGGGGGCGCGAGCGGAAGGAAGGGGGCGCGAGCGUAGGGAAGGAAAGAAAGAUCGUAAUUAGGCUGAUACCAUGUAGAAACACCGCACACCCUAAUCAGGGGGGUUGCCUUCAUUAUAUAGCCUGAUAGGCUAGGGUUACAAUAUACACAAUGUACAUGGGCCAAUGGGCCAUACGCCCAAUAUGGGCUGCUAUGUUACAUUCUAACACAUGCACAUUGGGGGCUGUACACAUGGUUCAACUGGCCGUGAAUCAAGGUCGCCUAAGCCUAAGUUUGCCACACCCAUAGUCUGCAAAAUCGAUUCAAUACCUUCUUUAGUAAACCAGUCAAAUGUUCAACUUCAUCCUUCUUUGCUCUUGAUACCUUUUCUUGGAUUUCUUCAACAGUAGUUCUGCAAUCAGAUGAACUAUAUUGGGUAACUUUAAACAGAAACAAGUGAAGAAAAAGGUAUGCUAAAUUUCACAAAGGAAUAUAUCCAUGUACUUAUAUAUUAGUUCGCAAACAUAAAAACAAGGGCAUUGGAUGCAUCAUAACCAUCCCAGCCUAGUAUUCAAAACCCUGAUUUUUUUUAAAAAAAGGACUCCAAGGUAAAGCAUACAUCACUUACUUCUCUGAUGCUAAUGCAUCCAAGUUUUGCUCUUCAACAAAGUCAUCUAUCUUGUCAAGGGCAGCAGCCACCUAAAAUAAUGAAAUGAUGUUACACAGGAGAAAAUGUAGUAACUUCUACUAAGCACUACAAAAGUGCAAAGGAGUAUCACAUAAAGUGGCCCUUAAUAUACCAUUAAACUGUUAAAACUUAAUUACUUGUUUUCUAGAGAUAAUAAGAAGUUUGUUCUAAUUCAAGGUGUCCCUAAUGGUCAAGUUUUCCUGAAACUACAUCAUUGUGAAUUGAUGGCUAUUAACUAGCAGCCCAUGGUCAAAGUCACGCUAAAAUUGUCUGCCACAUUUUCUCCAUGUCCUGUUCAUUUUUACAUCGUCGCAGACACAAUUCAAAAUACAAUAACCCAUUCAAUUUCAUGUCCGGUCUGUCGGAAACAAGAAAACACAAAGUGCACAUCCAUACUGCUUUAUAUUGAUGAGAAAUCAUUCUACUAGAUGUGUUUCUCUGUUAAAUCAGAAGAAUGGUUGUUAUGUGCUAGCCUGCUAAGGCUAUUAAGAGCAAGAAUCAUGAAAAAAGGUGUAAGGGUUUGGCAGAGCUCCAAGUCCAAAAAUCUCCUGAGUUGUUUGUUUGAGCUGUUUUCCUUCUAUUAUAGAUGAAAAUUGUUUUAAGGUUCAUGAUUUAAGCACAAAAACUCCAGAUUAAAGAUGGAGCAGGUCUUCUAAACAGCACCUACGAACAUAUGAAAGAAAUUAAGAGACAGGAAGACAAAAAGAUACAAAAAAAAGAGAGGGUGGCACUGGUAAGAGUGUCAAAGUUCAAGGGUUGAUGAAACCCCCGUUACCUGUCUAGGUUCAAAGGUCAUUACAAACUUCUUAAGGGCAAAAUCUGGGGAAUGGCUCCCCCCGGUCAGAGUCUUCUCUUAGAAAGACAAGAAAAUACAAAGGCAUGGAGGGGCACAGGCUAAGCUAUUAAGUGAUGUGCAGCCAUUACUUGCUGAUUACUUGAUUGAUAAAACCAGAUGCUGAAGCCUGAACUUCUAAAUGGUAAUAUUUGUCGUUAUAGCAGUAGACGCAGAGGCAACAUAUAGUACAGUUUCAACCCCUUCAUGAAUGAUACUCUCAUAUACUCUGUAGUGAAGUACAACCGAAUUGCCACCAGUCCAACCCGUUGAUUUAAAGGAAUUCCCAUAGUAUUUCGUGGGUAAGAGCUCCUUUUAUAUUUAUAGUGCUGCUACAACUAUAAGUAUGAAUAUAAAACAAGACCUAAAUGCUAAUAUGUCUCACUCAGUUGUACUGUUAAUUAAUGGAACAUACUUUGUUGAAAAUCCACAAAUUGUGAUGAAAAUAUGUCAACAUGUGUGAGAAAAUACUGAUUUCAAAAUUACCUGUGUUUCUUCGCGGAAGUCGUUAAACUCAUCCUGCAAUAUAUGAAGGGAAAAAAAACAGAUUAUAACAUAUUGGGUUCAAUACAGUGCUCGCACAUACAAUGAAAGGAAGAUAAAUAUAAACUAACUGCAUCAGGCUUGCCAAACAGAACAGAAGUGAUAUCAGUUUUGUAAUUUAAGAAUGCAUGCUUCUAUAUUAAACAUAAAGCUCUAAUUAAAACAAGGUUCAUGAUCAGAGACUAUUCGUUAUUGUAGGUUUUAGAUGUUCUAUAUUAAAAAAUUUUAGGGUCCUGUAUGCAACGGCAUCUGCUAAACCAAAGCAAAGCUCACACAAGAGGCACCGUGGCAUUGGCAACGCUCUGCUGGGCCAGCCAAGAGAAAUAAGUUGCAGCGGCACCUAAAGGUAAAUCGCCGGAUUCUGUGUGGAGGAGAUUCAUGUUCACGAAUGCGCAGCGCCAGGUCGAGCGCACCGGCCGUUCCGGCACUCCGCGAGAUCAGUACCUUCAGGAUCUUGUGACCCAGUUCCAGAGCGCCACAGAUGAAGAAUCUAAGGAGAAGAUAGUUGCUAACUUGGCAAAUUUUGCUUAUGACCCUUUUAAUUAUGCCUUCAUGCGCCAGCUGAAUGUUCUUGAGUUAUUCUUGGACUGCAUUACAGAGCCAAAUGAAAGGCUUGUUGAGUUUGGCAUUGGUGGAAUAUGCAACUCCUGUGUUGAUCCUGCAAAUGCUUCAAUCAUUACUCAGUGUGGUGGAAUCCCGUUGGUUAUACAAUGCUUAUCAAGCCCAGUGCGGAAUACUGUGACUUACGCACUUGGGGCUUUGUAUUAUCUUUGCAACUCUUUGACAAAGAAGGAGAUCUUGAAACCAGAUGUAGUUAGAACUAUAAGAGAGUAUGCCUCAGCUGGAGCUGUCAACACCAGCUUCAGCAAUCUGGCAAAUGCUUUCCUGGAGAAACAUGUUGAUCCAUGAUAUUCUCUGAGAGUUUCAAAGGGUAGAGUAAAGCUUACGCAUUUCAUGUACUUGCCCUAUUUUCAUAUUCUGGAUAUGAACUAAAGAAACUAGAGCUCAGAACUAUCUGAUUUCAUUGUUAUUGGGUACAAUGCUUUGCAAAGUUAUCAUAAUAUUGUAUACGGGAACUGAGCAAGGAUCCUUUGGAACACAGGAGUUUGACAGGAAAAACGCAGAACUUGCUAUGCAUCCAUCAGAUGUUACUAGAGCAUGUAGCUUGUUACUAGAUUGAGAGCUAUGCACAUGUUCAGUUCGGAAGCUAAUUUCUCGUAGUUGAGUUUUUUCUCCA